AUGCCUCUAAGGUUUCGUUCGAUUGUGCCCUACACACUGCCUGGAGUCCUUGCACUGAUCGGUUGGUGGUGGUACACCUCCCGUAAGAAAGAGCAUCUCAUCAGCCAUGACGACCCAGAUGGAGGUCCAGCUCUUGCAACACUAAGUUUCUCUUCAUCAGUCGGUAGCAAUGGUGUGGUUGAGAAAGACACUGUAUCCAUCACAAACAACACUGAACACCACCUCACUUGCUCACGUGCAAGGAUCCCUACAAAAGACGGGGAGCAUGACAAUAUCUCUCAAAACCAUGGUGUUGAUACAAAUGAAUCAUCAUUGGUGGGACAGACUUUUAAAGAUGCUGCCGUUGAGACGUGUGGAAUAAAAGAGGAAGUUAAGAAACCUACAGUCUCAACUCUACCACAAUAUGAGCAGGAUGAGAGGCUCAAUGAAUCACUCAAAGAUCCCAAGGACCUAUCACCUCCCUGCGCUUCAGAGGCAGACAUCCAUUUAACUCGUAAACCAUCGGCAUCAGAAAUGAUCACAGAGCCAGUCUUUCCCUGCCAAUCCACCAAAGUUACUCACUCAGCCACCACAUCAGUGUGCCUAUCUGAUGCAGAACGGCCUGAGCCAGAGGGGGAAGUUGCAAACAACAGCGCUACAAUGACACAGGAUGACUGUUUUGCAGCUAUCCCGCUGAAAGCGCAGAGAGUGGUCUCAUCACAGUUCGAGUCUCCAGAUACACCUACUUCACCGCAUGAUUUUAAUCAACACAUUCUAACCAGCACUCCCAAUUCUCUGGUCCUGACUUCCAAAGCCCAAACAACGCCAUUGACGCCACAGGAAAUCCAGGUUCACAGCAAUCACGGAAAUCAGCACGAUCUGGAAGUUCUGGCAGCUGGACUCAUAACCGAGGUCAUCUCGGCAGCCACCCAGCAGGUCCUUGGUGGCGCCGGCUGCUCUCUUUCUGACAGAAGGCAGCAGUGUCACCAACUUCGACCAUCAAACCACCAUCAAAUAAACUGUGAUGAAACCCAGAACAGAGAGCAAGUGCUCCCCAACGGUUCUUCUUCAGCCUCGGAAUGGGAGUCUGUCGAAGUUCAUCAGAUAAACAAUACACAAAAAGAACCUAUGACAGAACUGUCUCACCAAGUAGCAGACUGUGCGCCUCUAUUAAACAAUAAAUUCAAAGGUGAUGAAUUGGCUACACAAGACUGUCAGUCUGAGGACAGCAUGAGCAAUUGCAACGACCAACAUAGUCUGUUUGACAACGAAAUAGAUGUCUUCCAGGUUACAGACUUGUCAGAAAAAGAAGCAAUACAAGCCCAAGUGAGCGAGAUUCAAACAGCCACAGAGAAAAAUAUUUUUUCUUUGACGGAAGAAACCUCUGUGGAUUCAGUGUGUGGUAUAAAGAUGCUAGAUGGAAUGGAUCUAAGAAACGGAAUUCAGGGAUGUGAAAUGGAAACAGACCAGUCUGGAGGGUCUGAUGUGAACAGUAUGGACUCUGUGGACAGUGGCUGCACUAUGGGUGCAAGAGAAAAUCAUAGUAACUAUGCUUCCCCCUCUGAGCUUGUCAUCUGGGAGAUUGAGGUGCCAAAGCUUCUGGUUGGUCGAUUAAUUGGGAAGCAAGGAAGAUAUGUAAGCUUUUUGAAGCAGACCUCUGGUGCAAAGAUAUACAUCUCAACCCUGCCUUAUACACAGGAUUUCCAAAUCUGUCACAUAGAGGGUAUGAAACAGCAAGUAGACAAAGCCCUGUCUCUGAUUGGGAAGAAGUUUAAGGAUAUGGAUUUGACCAACCUAUAUGCACCUUCACCACCCCCGCUUACAUUGCCAUCACUCCCCAUGACUUCGUGGCUUCUUCUGCCCAGUGGUGUGACGGUUGAAGUGAUUGUGGUGAAUAUUGUAUCUGCCGGGCACGUCUUUGUCCAGCAACACACCCAUCCUACUUACCAUGCCCUAAGAAGCCUUGACCAGCAGAUGUUCUUAUGCUACUCUCAGCCAGGCACCCCCACCCUUCCUUCCCCAGCAGAAGUUGGUGUGAUAUGUGCUGCUCCAGCUCUGGAAGGAGCAUGGUGGAGAGCUCAGGUCAUCACCUUCUACAAUGAAUCAAAUGAAGUGGAAAUAAGAUACGUUGAUUAUGGCGGCUAUGACAGAGUUAAGAUCGACUCACUACGACAAAUAAGGUCUGAUUUUGUAACACUGCCGUUUCAAGGGGCUGAAGUAUUGCUUGACAACAUCGCUCCUCUCCCAGGUGAGGAUCGGUUUUCAUCUGAGGCCACAACAGCAUUAGAAGAGAUGACAAGAGGAGUUGCGUUGCUUGCUCAAGUCUCAAACUAUGACAACAACACAGGCCUCCCAUUAGUUCAUCUGUGGAACAUGGUGGGAGAGAAGGUUGUUUCACUAAACCGCACGCUAGCAGAGAGGGGCUUGGGUGUAUGGGUGGAAGGAUUUUGA